CCUAUUCUCAUACACCUUUCAUGCCUUAAAAGAGAACAUUGUUCUAAUCUAAACUUAUCUCAUAAUAUUCAUAAACAACAAAACAUUAAAAGAAAGAACAUUGGCCUCUGUUCAAACCUUGAUACAAAGUUUUGAAGAUGGGUUUAUCGAUUUCUCGAUUCAUGAGAAUGUUUUUCGCCAAGAAAGAAAUGAGAAUUCUGAUGGUUGGACUUGAUGCAGCUGGAAAAACAACCAUAUUAUACAAGCUUAAACUUGGAGAAGUUGUUACAACCAUUCCUACAAUUGGGUUCAAUGUUGAAACUGUUGAAUACAAAAAUGUGAGCUUUACAGUUUGGGAUGUAGGAGGACAAGAUAAGAUUAGACCACUAUGGAGACAUUACUUUCAGAACACUCAAGGUCUUAUCUUUGUAGUGGAUAGUAAUGACAGGGAAAGGAUUUCAGAAGCUAAAGAUGAGCUUCACAGAAUGCUUAAUGAGGACGAGUUGCGCUAUGCAACGCUGUUAGUGUUUGCCAACAAGCAAGACCUCCCGAACGCCAUGAGCGUUUCUGAAAUCACUGAUAAACUCGGCUUGCAUUCAAUGCGCCAGAGACGCUGGUACAUUCAAGCAGCUUGUGCUACAGCUGGGCAAGGACUCUAUGAAGGUCUUGACUGGCUAUCAAGUAACAUUUCAACCAAAGCAUAACAACAAAACUCAUGUAAUCUCUUCUUAAUCUACUCAAACAAACAAACAAACUAUCAUAUGUCUAUAAUUAUGCAUUGUAACAUAAAACAAUAGUAAGUGAUCAAUCAAACAAGACCAGAGAAACACACACUAAUAAAAAUUGUAACUUUCUUGUACUAUAAUCAAUCAUCAAUCAUUUCCAUUCAUUCCCACUAGUAAAAA